AUGGUAAAAAAAUUUCUCAAACUAGGAGCCAUGGAGCGCUUCAACUCGUGAGUCGUAGCACUCUUUCCAGUUAAACAAGGGCCAAGAACUCUCCUCCGUUCCAACUAGUGGAUGAAUCGGUGUCGUGUGAUUUUCAGCUGCAUCUGUGACGGCUCAGAGGCCGCACCUGUGCAGAGGGCGUAGAUUCCCCAUCUCCGAACACAAGAACUCUAGAGAGAGAGAGACAGAGGAAGUGAGGGUUUUCUGAAAGAGAAGGGUUUUUGAGGCGGAGAAAGAUGAGUAUCUGGAACUAUGUGGUCACAGCUCACAAGCCCACCAAUGUCACGCACUCCUGCGUCGGCAAUUUCACCAGUCCUCAAGAACUCAAUCUAAUUGUAGCGAAAUGCACCAGAAUUGAGAUUCAUUUGCUUACUCCUCAGGGUUUACAGCCUAUGUUGGAUGUGCCAAUAUAUGGAAGAAUUGCAACACUUGAACUUUUUCGCCCUCAUGGUGAAGCACAGGAUUUUCUAUUCAUUGCCACAGAGAGAUACAAAUUCUGUGUUCUUCAGUGGGAUGCUGAGGCAUCUGAGGUUAUUACAAGAGCAAUGGGAGAUGUCUCCGAUCGUAUAGGUCGUCCUACUGACAAUGGUCAGAUUGGCAUCAUUGAUCCUGACUGCAGAUUAAUUGGGCUCCAUUUGUAUGAUGGAUUGUUUAAGGUCAUUCCAUUUGAUAACAAAGGACAGCUAAAGGAAGCAUUUAACAUUAGGCUUGAGGAGCUUCAAGUUUUGGAUAUCAAGUUCCUUUAUGGUUGUUCAAAACCCACAAUUGUGGUUCUUUACCAGGAUAACAAAGAUGCUCGCCAUGUCAAAACAUAUGAGGUUUCAUUGAAGGAUAAAGAUUUUGCUGAAGGUCCAUGGUCACAGAACAAUCUUGAUAAUGGGGCUGAAUUGCUCAUUCCAGUACCACCACCACUUUGCGGCGUCCUUAUUAUUGGAGAAGAAACAAUUGUAUAUUGCAGUGCCAAUGCUUUCAAAGCAAUCCCAAUCCGACCAUCCAUCACAAGAGCAUAUGGAAGGGUUGAUGCUGAUGGUUCUCGAUACCUCCUUGGUGAUCAUGCGGGCCUUCUUCACUUACUUGUUAUAACUCAUGAGAAAGAAAAAGUAACUGGUCUCAAGAUUGAGCUUUUGGGAGAGACUUCUAUUGCAUCAACAAUAUCAUAUCUUGAUAAUGCAUUCGUCUUUGUUGGUUCAAGCUAUGGAGAUUCUCAGCUUAUAAAGCUAAACCUACAGCCUGAUGCAAAGGGUUCAUAUGUAGAAGUUUUAGAAAGGUAUGUUAAUUUAGGGCCAAUUGUUGACUUUUGUGUCGUCGACCUUGAGAGGCAAGGACAAGGCCAGGUGGUUACAUGUUCUGGAGCGUAUAAGGAUGGUUCUCUCCGCAUAGUUCGAAAUGGAAUUGGAAUCAAUGAGCAGGCAUCUGUAGAACUUCAAGGCAUCAAAGGGAUGUGGUCGUUAAGAUCUUCAACUGAUGAUUUAUAUGAUACCUUCUUGGUCGUAAGCUUUAUCAGUGAAACACGAAUUUUGGCAAUGAAUCUUGAGGAUGAGUUGGAAGAAACUGAGAUAGAGGGUUUCCAAUCUCAAGUCCAGACUUUGUUCUGCCAUGAUGCUGUCUUUAAUCAACUUGUACAAGUCACUUCAAGCUCUGUGAGACUUGUUAGUUCUACAUCUAGAGAGCUGCGGCAUGAAUGGAAAGCACCAUCAGGCUAUUCAGUUAAUGUUGCUACAGCAAAUGCAACCCAGGUUUUAUUGGCCACUGGGGGUGGGUAUCUAGUUUAUCUGGAAAUCGGUGAUGGGAUUUUGACGGAAGUAAAACAUGUACAAUUGGAGUAUGACAUCUCAUGCCUUGACAUAAACCCCAUCGGUGAAAAUCCCAACUAUAGUCAGCUAGCUGCUGUUGGAAUGUGGACAGAUAUAAGUGUCAGGAUAUUUUCACUUCCUGACCUGAAUCUCAUUACGAAGGAGCAUCUGGGAGGAGAGAUAAUACCUCGGUCUGUCCUUCUGUGUGCCUUUGAAGGGAUAUCUUACCUGUUAUGCGCCCUUGGAGAUGGUCAUCUGUUGAACUUUUUAUUGAACAUGAAUACUGGUGAGUUAACUGAUAGGAAAAAAGUGUCUCUUGGGACGCAGCCCAUCACACUCCGUACUUUUUCUUCCAAGAACACCACACAUGUAUUUGCUGCUUCAGAUAGGCCAACUGUUAUUUACAGCAGCAAUAAGAAACUCCUCUACAGCAAUGUAAAUCUGAAAGAAGUCAGCCAUAUGUGCCCUUUCAACUCUGCUGCUUUCCCGGACAGCCUUGCGAUUGCAAAAGAAGGUGAACUUACUAUUGGUACCAUUGAUGAUAUUCAGAAGCUUCACAUUCGCUCUAUCCCACUUGGGGAACAUGCACGGCGUAUCUGCCAUCAGGAGCAGUCUCGAACCUUUGCCAUUUGUAGUUUGAAGUAUAGCCAGUCAAGUACAGAAGAGUCUGAAAUGCACUUCAUCCGCUUGUUAGAUGACCAAACCUUUGAUUUUAUAUCAACUUACCCUCUUGACACAUAUGAAUAUGGCUGCUCCAUUCUUAGCUGCUCCUUCUCAGAUGAUACUAAUGUUUAUUAUUGUGUUGGGACUGCAUAUGUCUUGCCAGAGGAGAAUGAGCCAAGUAAGGGUCGAAUUCUGGUUUUCAUGGUUGAAGAUGGGAAGUUACAGCUAAUUGCUGAGAAGGAGACUAAAGGUGCUGUCUACUCUUUGAAUGCCUUUAAUGGCAAAUUGCUUGCUGCUAUUAAUCAGAAAAUUCAGUUAUACAAGUGGAUGCUCCGGGAUGAUGGUACCCGUGAGUUGCAGUCUGAAUGUGGCCAUCAUGGCCACAUACUUGCUCUCUAUGUACAAACUCGUGGCGAUUUCAUUGUUGUUGGUGAUUUGAUGAAGUCUAUCUCCUUGUUGAUCUAUAAGCAUGAGGAAGGGGCUAUUGAGGAACGGGCCCGUGACUAUAAUGCAAAUUGGAUGUCAGCAGUUGAGAUUCUUGAUGAUGAUAUUUACCUUGGUGGUGAGAAUAACUUCAACCUUUUCACUGUCCGGAAGAAUAGUGAAGGUGCCACUGAUGAAGAGAGGGCUCGGCUGGAGGUAGUUGGUGAAUACCACCUUGGAGAAUUUGUCAAUAGGUUUCGGCAUGGUUCCCUUGUCAUGCGCCUGCCAGAUUCUGAUGUGGGUCAGAUUCCAACGGUCAUAUUUGGCAGUGUUAAUGGUGUAAUUGGGGUCAUUGCUUCACUUCCCCAUGAACAGUAUGUUUUCUUGGAGAAACUGCAGUCCAACUUGAGGAAGGUAAUAAAAGGGGUAGGAGGGUUGAGCCAUGAGCAGUGGCGAUCAUUCAACAAUGAGAAGAAAACUGUAGAUGCCAAGAACUUUUUAGAUGGAGACCUGAUCGAAUCAUUCCUUGAUCUCAGCCGAAGCCGGAUGGAUGAUAUUUCAAAGGCAAUGGGUGUUACUGUGGAGGAGCUUUGUAAGAGAGUAGAAGAGUUAACAAGGUUACACUGAUGUGAGGCCCCUUCCAUCUUUUUAUUUGCAACAACUCCACAGAUGUUUGGUCUAGUUAAAACUGCGUGAUAAGAUUUCACAGGCAUAGGCGUUCCAGUGGAGCUGUGUAACUGAGCUGAAGCAUCGACAGGAAUGCAUUCCCCCCCAUUCCCUCUCCCUUAUGUUAACCAUUGGCAGAUUUUUGGCUUGUGGUUUGUGAUGUACCAGAGUGGGCCCUGUAGGGCAGGGCAAAUAGGUUGCUUCGAUUCGGACAAUGUUUGUGUUAUGCUAAACUAUAGUAUGUUCAUAAAUCAGAAUGUCAUGGUUUCUGGCUAAUUCAAGUCUACAAGCACUGAUUGAUAGGUUCAAGCUUGGAAAACUUUUAUUUGGAUGGUUUUUGGUGCAAUUCCUUCUGCUGAAUAUAAUUAGCCAAAUAUGUUCCCAAAACUGAUGGGUUUUAGCUUUGGUUGAUAAGAAACUUAUAUUAGCUCUGCUGAGAACUAUGCAGCAUGAAAUUGGAGAUGUUGGAUAUUUGAAGCUGGGUUUCUCAAUGAAGCUUUACUGGCGAGUUUGUUUGUU